AUGAGGUCUACUCGAUUAUCGACGUCAAUUGCGCUCUUUUCUGCUGCUGUAGUCUUUGUCUCUGCUCAGACACGAAGCACUUAUAAUAAUAUUGCAAUAACUGCAGGAAGCCCUGGAGAGGAGUCAGGCGGACAGUUCAUCAAGGGGAGGUACAUUGUUGAGUUUGUCAAAGAUGGAUUUUUUUCGAUGUCUGCAGAAGAUCCCGUGGAAGAGUUUUAUAAGUCUCUCUCAGAUAACCAGAUUGAGGCAAAACCUGCAGUAAAUAUCACUUCUUCGAUCUUCACCGGAACAUCCUUCGAUACAGACAAUUCGACAAAACCGGAAGAUAUUCGGGCAUUGCCGCAAGUAGCGAAUAUUUGGCGUGUAAGGAGAGUGCCAAAGCCCACUCCACAAAUCCAUAAUGUCGGUACUGCAGCUACCGAAGGAGCCGAGAAGUGGACUAGCCAUGCAAAUACCGGUGUCUUGAAGCUUCAUGAGCAGGGAUUCUUGGGCGAAGGUGUCAUAGUAGCAGUCGUUGAUACUGGUAUUGACUAUCACCAUCCUUCACUUGGGGGGGGAAUUGGCUCUGGCUAUAAGGUUUCGGGCGGCACCGAUAUCGUCGGCGAUACAUAUGAGGGCCUGGAUUUCCACCCCGAUUCGGAUCCGUAUGAUUGUGUCGGACAUGGGACUCAUGUUGCCGGCAUCAUUGCCGGAGAGGAUAAGGACUUUAUUGGUGUUGCCCCCAAAGCUACACUCAGAGCAUACAAGGUCUUUGGAUGUGAAUACUCAUCAACCGGAGACGAUGCAUUGAUUUUAGCUUUCGUCACCGCCUAUGAAGAUGGAGCUGAUGUUAUCAAUGCAUCAAUUGGCGGACCUGGUGGGUGGCCGGAAGAUGCAUGGGCAGCAGCCUCUUCCAGAAUUGCGGAUCAGGGUGUCUUCAUUUCUAUCUCUGCUGGAAACAGUGGAGAAGAAGGUAUCUGGUAUCCAUCAUCCGGAGAUGUUGGACACUCGGUUACUGCAGUUGCCUCUAUAACAAAUGAGCAAUAUCUUACAUUCCUUACUACCGUUCAAGGUGUCGGUAACAAUACAAGAGAUGUUGGUUACUUGGAUAAAUCGGCCCAAGGAUUUGCCUUCAAGGGAAGGGUCCCCAUUUAUAUCCUUUCACAAGAUAAGAACGUUGCCAACGAUGGAUGUCGCCCUCUUCCGGAAAGCACUCCAGACCUCUCUGGAUACCUGGUUCUGGUCCGCCGUGGAGGUUGCACGUUCGGAACCAAACAGAACAAUGUUGCAAAUUUCGGCGCCCAGUACGUCUGGUUUUACAACACCCGUAACACCCCAGUUGUCUACCCUGAUAUUGCAUCUAGCGUUACCAAGGGCUACGCUAUGAUAACUGCUGAAGAUGGGGAGUGGAUCAUUGAUCAGUUUGUUGCCGGGACAAAUGCUACCGUUAUAUUCCCCGAAUACCCAGAGAAGAGUGGUGUGAACAAUACAGCAACGGGUGGAAAGCUCUCUGCUUUCACUUCAUGGGGACCUUCCUUUGAAGCUCAGAUGAAGCCUGAAAUUGCUGCUCCAGGUGGAUACAUCUAUUCCACAUACCCGAUCGAACAGGGAGGAUAUGCAAUUCUCUCCGGAACCUCCAUGGCUUCUCCAUAUAUCGCAGGUGUUGCGGCACUCUAUAUGGCUGCCCACGGUGGCCGUGCUAAGAUGGGCGGAGAGGGUGUUGCUGAGCUCAAGAGGAAGAUCAUUACCAGCGGAACACUGAUAAACUGGUCCGACGGUGUUACAACAGACUGGUCCAAGCUUGCUCCCGUUGCUCAACAAGGUGCUGGAUAUGUGAAUGCUGAAAAGGUGCUUACAUAUGCCACCAGUAUCUAUCCUGCAAAGCUCGAACUCAACGAUACUGCGUAUUUGAAGCCUGCACACUAUAUUAACAUCAAGAACUCUGGCACCGUGGAAGUUGAAUACUUCAUUACCCACGAAACCGCAGCAACCAUCAAUUCCUUCGAGCCUGGCAUAAUCACCCCCCAGCCCUUCCCGGGCACCUUCAUAAACGAAACUGCGACUGCCAACUUCACUCGCACAUCUAUCAGCGUCCGUCCUGGGACCACAAACUCCUUCAAAGUAACAUUCACACCCCCUGAUGUUGCCGCGACCCUCCUCCCCGUCUAUUCAGGCAAGAUCAUCAUCACCGGCUCUAAUGGAGAAGUUCUAAGUAUUCCCUACAUGGGAAUUGCGGGCAAACUUUACGACGUCAAAUCGUGGGAUGUUGCAGAUGGAUGGCCUCUCAUAUUCAACGACGGUUCUAAUGCGCCUAGUAUAUCUGGCCCCUCAAACUUCACCUUGAAUGGCACCGAUGUCCCCGGCGUAGCGUUUCAGAACCACUUUGGCUCUGCAGAGAUUCGAUGGGAUGUUGUCGAGACGGACUGGGCCCCACAUGAAUGGCGCUAUCCUCCUGUUCCAGGCAGUAACAAGUUUGUUGGCUCGAUCGUUACUCGCCGGGAAGCUGAAGAAUUUCCACUCUAUUACCAGCCUCGCCACGGACCCUAUGAGCCUGGCUUUUACAGCUAUUACACUUGGGGUGGUGAUCUGGCCGAUGGGACAAAAAUCGAGCCUGGGAAGUACAGGUUCUUGUUCCAAACACUUAAAGUGACUGGUCUGAAGGCGAGGAAUUCGGAUUGGCAGAGGAAGUUGUCGGAUGUGAUUACGAUUCGGCCAAUUUCGAACUCGACAGAGCUGGCCUGA